AAAACAAAGAGAAAAGUCAGCUGCAAAAUUGCCAAAUCAGAGUUUAUUUUAUGACUGCCGGUUUGAAACAACGCUUUUAGAUUAGUGGAGAAAACUGGCGCACAAAUUCAGUACAUCGUUCAAAACCAUCAUGACACAAGCGGCCACAACGCAAAAAUUAUCGAAAUUGCGCGAGCUGAUGCAGCGCGCCUCGACUGCACCAGAAGCAUCAGGAAUAUGCGCAUAUGUGGUGCCCUCGGAUGACGCCCACCAGAGCGAAUAUCAGUGUGCACACGAUGAACGACGUGCCUUCAUUAGCGGCUUUACGGGAUCGGCGGGAACGGCGGUCAUAACGAAUGAUAAGGCACUGCUCUGGACGGAUGGACGGUAUUAUCAGCAGGCGGAGAAGGAGCUCGAUAGUAAUUGGACUUUGAUGCGAGAUGGAUUGGCCACAACUCCAUCGAUUGGCGCCUGGCUAGGCAAGAAUUUGGCCAAGGGCAGCGCUGUUGGCGUUGACCCACGUCUCUUCUCCUUCCGAUUGGGCAAGACCAUAGAGAAGGAUUUGAAUGCAGCAGAAUGCAAUUUGGUGGGCAUCGAAAGCAACUUAAUUGAUGAUGUUUGGGGUGACGAUCAACCGGCUCGCACCUCAAACAAAAUCAUAACGCUGCAGCUGCGCUUCUCUGGCAAAACGAUCGCCCAAAAAUGGGAUGAAGUUCGUCAGCAGAUGACGGUGCAAAAUGCUAGUGCUCUUAUCGUUAGUGCUCUGGACGAGAUCGCUUGGUUUUUGAAUUUGCGUGGCUCCGACAUCGAUUAUAAUCCAGUAUUUUUCGCCUACAUGAUCAUUACCCAUGACGAUGUUGUGCUCUUCGUGGAUGGCCAAAAAUUGCCGGAUAACAUUAAGGAGCAUCUAAGCGAAAACAAUGUGCAGAUCACCGUACAGCCCUACGAGGCUAUUGGUGAUGGUGUCCGGAAAAUUGCUUCUAAUGCCAAGGGCAAAAUAUGGAUAUCAUCGACAAGCAGUUUGUAUUUGAAUUCGCUUGUACCAAAGUCAUUGCGGCAUCAGGAGAUCACGCCCAUUGCUUUGCUCAAGGCAAUUAAAAACCAGCAGGAGAUCGAAGGAUUCAUUAAUAGCCAUAUACGCGAUGGUGUUGCACUAUGCCAGUACUUUGCCUGGCUGGAGGAUGCUGUGCAGAAAGGUCAGCCGGUAGAUGAGAUGUCCGGUGCCGACAAAUUGGAAUCGUUUCGCAAGACCAAGGAUCAUUACAUGGGCCUCAGCUUUACCACAAUUAGUUCAUCGGGUCCAAAUGGUUCGGUGAUUCACUAUCACCCGGCAAAGGAGACCAAUCGUCCAAUCAACGAUAAAGAGGUUUACUUAUGCGAUUCGGGCGCUCAGUAUAUAGAUGGCACAACCGAUGUAACAAGAACCCUACACUUUGGCCAACCUACGGACUUUCAAAAGGAGACUUACACCCGUGUGCUAAAGGGUCAAUUGGCACUCGGUUCGACGGUAUUUCCCACCAAGAUUAAGGGUCAAGUUUUAGAUGUACUGGCUAGAAAAUCUCUAUGGGACAUUGGUUUGGACUACGGUCAUGGAACUGGUCAUGGUGUUGGGCAUUUUCUCAAUGUCCACGAGGGUCCAAUGGGAGUUGGUUUCCGUCUAAUGCCCGACGAUCCUGGCCUUCAACAAAACAUGUUUAUUUCAAACGAACCUGGAUUCUACAAGGAUGGCGAGUUUGGCAUUCGCAUCGAGGACAUUGUACAAAUUGUGCCUGCCCAGGUGAAGUACAAUUUUGCUGAUCGCGGUGCACUCACUUUUAAAACAGUUACCAUGUGCCCCAAGCAAACAAAGAUGAUUAUUAAGGAUCUGCUUACCGAACAGGAGAUUAAAUUGCUUAAUGAUUAUCAUAAGCUGGUUUGGGAGACACUUUCUCCGCUCUUGUCGCAGGAUGCCUUCACUCUAAAUUGGCUUCAAAAAGAAACCAAAGCCUUAUAAUAAUCAUUAUUCAUCUAUGCAUUUUAUCAUUUAAUAUUUGUAUUGCAGAAACACAAUGUUCAGUAACCGAAUUUGUUUAAUCUGAUUAAAUCAUA